CUCUUUAGGAAUGGGUGGGAUUUAGGAAUUACUACAGCGACCAAUGAACUUACAACUCCUGUCAUUGGUUUAUUCUUUCUACAUAGCAAAGUUUCAGCUUUAUGUCGGCAGUGGACAAGGUCCUGCCUACUCACCACUCUGUAGCACGGCUGUUAAAAAAACGGAAGGCCACGAAAGAAAAAGAGGUUUGGAUUCAGGCGAGCGUACGGAGAGCGAGUGAGGUAGGGAGAGACAGCAAGCGGUAGAACAGUGACAGCCAAGGGGGCCGUUAAUUUCAUCCACAGAGUCUUGAGUGCGUGGAAGAGACGCAGCACUGCAACAUCCCUCCAAACCGCCGAACAACGGGAAAUACUAUUAGGAACUAGCGCUUUCAAAAAUGGAACAAUAUGACGAAGAUGGGGUAUACAUGCAACAAGAAGAUGACUGGGACCGAGAUCUACUUUUGGACCCUGCAUGGGAGAAACAACAGCGGAAGACAUUCACAGCAUGGUGCAAUUCUCACUUGAGGAAAGCGGGAACUCAGAUCGACAACAUCGAGGAGGACUUUAGAGACGGCCUUAAACUCAUGCUGCUGCUAGAGGUCAUCUCAGGGGAGCGCCUGGCUAAGCCAGAGAGAGGGAAGAUGAGAGUGCACAAGAUCUCCAACGUCAACAAAGCCCUCGACUUCAUCGCCAGCAAAGGAGUCAAACUGGUCUCCAUCGGAGCAGAGGAGAUUGUUGAUGGGAACGCCAAGAUGACGUUGGGGAUGAUCUGGACCAUCAUUCUCCGCUUCGCUAUUCAGGACAUCUCUGUGGAAGAGACCUCGGCUAAAGAAGGACUGCUGUUGUGGUGCCAGAGGAAAACGGCCCCCUACAAGAAUGUCAACAUCCAGAACUUUCACAUCAGCUGGAAAGAUGGGCUGGGUUUCUGCGCCCUCAUUCACAGGCAUCGUCCAGAACUCAUUGAUUACGGAAAGCUCCGCAAAGAUGACCCGAUGACCAAUCUGAACACAGCCUUUGAUGUAGCCGAAAAGUACCUGGACAUCCCCAAAAUGUUGGACGCAGAAGACAUCGUUGGCACGGCCCGUCCCGACGAGAAGGCCAUCAUGACCUAUGUCUCUAGCUUCUACCAUGCCUUCUCCGGCGCCCAGAAGGCUGAGACGGCGGCCAACCGCAUCUGCAAAGUGCUGGCUGUCAAUCAGGAGAACGAGCAGCUCAUGGAAGACUAUGAGAAGCUCGCUAGCGAUCUGCUGGAGUGGAUUCGGCGCACCAUCCCCUGGCUGGAGAACCGGGCUCCGGAGAACACCAUGGCGGCCAUGCAGCAGAAGCUGGAGGACUUCCGGGACUACCGGCGCCAGCACAAGCCGCCCAAGGUGCAGGAGAAGUGCCAGCUGGAGAUCAACUUCAACACGCUGCAGACCAAGCUGCGCCUCAGCAACCGGCCCGCCUUCAUGCCUUCCGAGGGCAAGAUGGUGUCGGACAUUGCCAAUGCGUGGGGAUCCCUGGAGGGUGCUGAGAAGGGCUACGAGGAGUGGCUACUCAAUGAGAUCCGCAGGCUGGAGAGGCUCGACCACCUCGCUGAGAAAUUCCGCCAGAAAGCCGCCAUCCACGAAGCCUGGACCGACGGUAAGGAGGAGAUGCUGAAUCAGCGUGACUACGAGACGGCCACACUGUCGGAGAUCAAGGCCUUGCUGAAGAAGCACGAGGCCUUCGAGAGCGACCUGGCAGCUCACCAGGACAGAGUCGAGCAGAUCGCAGCCAUCGCCCAGGAGCUCAAUGAGUUAGACUACUACGACUCCCCCAGUGUGAACGCUCGAUGCCAAAGGAUCUGUGACCAGUGGGACGCUCUGGGAGCCCUGACUGGGAAACGUAGUGAGGCCCUACAGCGGACUGAGAAACUUCUGGAGACCAUUGACCAGCUGUACCUGGAGUUUGCCAAGCGUGCGGCACCCUUCAACAACUGGAUGGAGGGAGCCAUGGAGGACCUGCAAGACACCUUCAUCGUACACACCAUCGAGGAGAUACAGGGCUUGAGCUCGGCCCAUGAGCAGUUCAAGGCCACUCUGCCGGAUGCGGACAAGGAGCGGCAGGCCAUCCUGGGCAUCCACAACGAGAUUGCUAAGAUCGUGCAGACCUACCACGUCAACAUGGCCGGCACCAACCCCUACACCACCAUCAACCCCCAGGAGAUCAACACCAAGUGGGACAAGGUCCGGCAGCUGGUUCCCCAGAGGGACCAGGCGCUGAUAGAGGAGCAUGCCCGUCAGCAGAAUAACGAGCGACUCAGGAGACAGUUUGCCACCCAGGCCAACGUCAUCGGGCCCUGGAUACAGACCAAGAUGGAGGAGAUUGGUCGUAUCUCCAUUGAGAUGCAUGGCACUCUGGAGGACCAGUUGAACCACCUGCGUCAGUACGAGAAGAGCAUCGUCAACUACAAGCCAAAGAUAGACCAGCUGGAGGUGGACCACCAGGAGAUACAGGCCGCACUCAUCUUCGACAACAAACACACCAACUACACCAUGGAGCACAUCCGCGUGGGCUGGGAGCAGCUUCUAACUACCAUCGCCCGCACCAUCAACGAGAUCGAGAACCAGAUCCUGACCAGGGACGCCAAGGGCAUCAGCCAGGAGCAACUCAACGAGUUCAGGGCCUCCUUCAACCACUUCGACAGGGAUCACUCGGGCACUCUCGGGGCCGAAGAGUUCAAAGCCUGCCUCAUCAGCUUGGGGUUCGAUAUCGCCAACGACGCACAGGGAGAGGCUGAGUUUGCCCGCAUCAUGAGUAUUGUGGACCCCAACCGGUUGGGAGUCGUCACCUUCCAGGCCUUCAUUGACUUCAUGUCCCGCGAGACUGCUGACACAGACACUGCAGACCAGGUCAUCGCCUCCUUCAAAGUACUGGCUGGGGACAAGAACUACAUCCUGGCGGAUGAGCUUCGUCGUGAGCUGCCUCCUGACCAGGCGGAAUACUGCAUCGCGCGCAUGGCGCCCUACACUGGCCCCGAUGGCGUGCCCGGCGCCCUGGACUACAUGUCCUUCUCGACCGCCCUGUACGGAGAGAGUGACCUUUGAACCACGCCGAAGAGGGAGGGGAAAGCCGGCUAGUGGCCUCACUCCUCCUGCCUUUUUGCCUGCUCCGCCCCAUUCCUCCCUGACCUGCCCUGCCCUGCCCAUUUGCAAUGCGCUUUUGUUUUUUGUUUUGUUUUUGUACGUUCUUUUUUCUUACCUCACCCCUUUCUUACCUGUACCCUUCCUCCCCACAGUUUCCUUCCCUCCUUCCUCUCCUCCUACUCCUCCUCCUUUCCGUAUUUCUUUUUGUCUUAAGAUCCCUCCCCGCGCCCCACGUUCGUUCCUUUCCUCUCUGGGGAGUAUUCCAAGAACCUGGCUCAGUAGUAAACCAGGUUAAGUUAACCUUGAGUUGGUGGUAAAUCAUCUAAUAGAAGAGCCUGGUGUCCUCAUUUUCUUUACUAAAUGACACCUGUGGGCUAUCUAUUAGCAGGUUUACAGCGUCCUGUAGGUUAACUUUGCCAGGUUUAUCACUAAACUAUGCUCUUUGAAUUACCCACCUGGUCUGUCUCUGUUGUAUUUGCUUUUCCUCAUGCAAUGCAGCAACUCCCCAUUGUUUACCGUGUGGGAGAACAGGAAAAAAAUGUUUUUGUUUUUUUUUCUUCCUGUUUUUAUUAUUUUCUUGUUUUUGUUUUAUUUCUUCAUAAAAAAUGAAUAAAGUUAACAUAUUUUAUUAUACAGAACAAAAAAGGUAUUUUUCUUCACCUGAUUAAAAAAAAAGAAAUAAAAAGAAACAAAAAGUGAAAAUA